AUGGUGCGGAAUUAUGACACGGGACCAUCAGCGUCCAACAGCUUUAGGGUCAACCCCUACGGAUAUGUGCCCACGGAAUGGAUUUGUGCCUUCUUUGUCGCCCUAUUCUCUGUUUCCACGUUGAUACAUGCAUUUCAAGUUGUUUAUACUCGACUAUGGUGGCUCUUCCCGAUGGCAUGUGUCGCAGGUAUCCUCGAGAUUAUAGGCUGGAGUGGAAGGCUGUGGUCCAGCCAGAACCCUCUUGCCAAGGAACCGUACCUUAUGCAAAUUGUCACAACAAUCAUUGCACCAACGCCCCUCAUUGCGGCUAACUUCAUCAUCCUCGGAGAACUUAUCCGUCACCUUGGCCACUGCUAUAGUCGGCUCAGUGCAAAAGCGUACAUGCUCGUGUUCGUUUCAUGUGAUGGUAUCGCCCUUGUCGUACAAGCAGUGGGUGGCGCCAUCGCUUCGCUAGCCAUCAAUCAAGGCAAAAGCCCUGAGCCUGCAAGCGUUUAUAUUCUCAAUAGUAGUGUUUCACUCAUCAUUUGUAUCAUGCAGGGUUCCCAUGCCAUGCUUGCUGGGAUCGUUUUCCAGUUAGCUUCUAUCACGAUAUACAUAACACUUGAGAUGGAGUUCAUCCUUCGAUUCCUUUACGACAGGCCUCUGCAUAUCGCUGACGAGCCUUCCAAGGCGUACAAGUUUGACAAGAAUAUGAAGCUCAUGCUGUUUGGACUCGCACUGAGUAGCGUCUGUAUCUACAUCCGGUCCGUGUACCGAACUAUAGAGCUGUCAGGGGGGUGGCAAGGCUACAUAAAUACUACUCAGCACUUUUUUGACUGGCUAGACGGCGGGAUGAUCGUUCUCGCCAUGUUCACCAUAAACUUCUUCCACCUGGGCUUCCUCCUUGGCCACGCGAAUGUAUGGAAUGCCACUCCCCCUGUCGAGCCGAAGCAUGGUGACAGGUUUAUUUAA